GUGUGCACGAAUAUCAGAAAAAUCCCUACUCUAAGAAACUUCUUUGGUUGGCCUAACCCAGUUAGAACUAGUACGGAAAACUUCCAAUAGAUAUGUCAGCGUGCUACACCCGUGAAUCUCCCUCCGGCGCGGAUCAACUAUGUUCCGAGAGUCAUGUGACCUCCGUAAAGGGGUCAGCACAGCUGUAGUUAAUGUGUUUCAGGGGUAAGCGGCGCACCCGGGUAAGUGGCACACCACAUCAAAAUUCCAUCCGGAUUUCUAGCAACAACUUUCCGCAGAACCAACAGCAUUAAAAAAUGGUUAAAUCGCGUACGAAAAAUGAUCCUAGCUAUGAAGGGAGGCUUUCUCUUGCUAUUGAUGCGCUAAAUAACGAAAAAAUCACGAAAUUACGCGACGCCGCACGCACUUUUGACGUAUCUUUAACAACACUGCGAAGGCGCCUGAAGGGCUCAGUUCCAGCGCAUAAUGCCGGUAUUACACGCAGAAAGAUAACCCCUACAGAAGAAGCUGUACUCCGGGGUUGGGUCUUCUCACUAGAGCGCCGUGGCGUUCCGCCUAGGCAGCAUAUGCUCCAUGAAAUGGCAAAUAUUUUGCUAGCUCAAAGAGAUCCUACCAAAAUACCUGAGAAGGUUGGUAAGAAUUGGGUAACAACCUUUCUUAAGCGACAACCGGAUCUCAAGGCUAAAUUCGCACACCGAUUAUCCUAUUCUAGAGCUCUUUGUGAGGAUCCAGUCGUUAUUGGUGGCUUUUUUGAGGAGAUUAAGCAGCUCAAAGAGGAAUAUGGGAUUGCCGAUGAAGAUAUAUACAACUUUGACGAGACAGGUACCGCUCUGGCGGUUCCCUAUCUGGCAACCCGUAGGGCUGCAGCCCUACGACGGGAAUGGCUUCACCUUUGA